AUGAAAUUCGGAUAUUGUGUAUUAUGCAUGAUUUACAAUCAACAUAAUCCUCCUCAAACUCCUACACAACCAAACUCAUCAGCAGCCAUAACCGACGGAAUGAUUAUACCAGAAAACCUCGUCAAUUUACUUCGUUCUAAUCAAAUAGUCUUACCUCUAGAUAAUAUAAUUACCACCGAACGUAUAAUUUAUAAAAACAAUGGAGUAUUAAUAUUUCAGGAUUUCUUGGCACCUUCGAUGAUUCCCAUUGUUGUUAAAAAUAUUCCCGAUUAUUGGUUGACGAAGCCAAACUACCAUAAUACCGGCUCAACUUACGCUACUUGUCUUCGAAAAACAUUAGAACCACCAGGCUACGAUCUUAAUCCGCAACUAGCAAGAUAUUUAGUGAUACCUCGGGGUUAUCAUGAUACACAAGCAGGAUUCAUGGUAACAUUACAACCACAACAACAAUUGCGCUGUGAUUUACAAACCGAAGUUCUCAUGAUUAUUGAUACAUAUAUGCCAAGAUUGCUGGAUGUUUUAGGCUAUGAUGUGUUACUGCCUCCUACAUUCAACAUGUUUGUUGUAUACGAAUAUCUGAAUCGGAAUGAGUGGUUUUUGAUAUACGACGCACUGUCAAAAUAUUUAAUGCCAUCGAGCGAUAUGCUCUUGAAAAUAUUUUGUAAUUUAAUUGCAACUGCGUGUAAUAUGGAUGAUGAUUUAAUCUAUUACAAUGAUUUACAUUUAAGAAAUGUUAUGUUUAAUGUGCAUACCGGUGCAAUAAAAAUCAUUGAUUAUGGUGGUUUCAUUGUUGGACAAGAGAAACUUGACCAAAUGCUUCAAAUAUAUCGUCAAAACGGUGUGCAUCUCCCUCGUUUAUCGAAUGUUUACAAAUUAGCAUCAACGUUCGAUAGUCUUAACAAACCAAUAGCAUCAACCUAUCUCUAUCAAAAUCAAUUGAAUUUUUUACGUAUUAUACUUGAAUAUGAGUACCAUAUUGCUGCCGGCUAUGUAUGUGCUUAUUUACGUAAACAGAUUCCACAUUAUCAAUUACCACUCACACAGGCACAAGAGCUUUUCCAGCAAGCGAUGCAUAUGUAUUUUAAAAACAUGGUUCAACAACAUAUCACACCUACUAAACAACGUUUAGUUUGUCAUUGA